AUGAUGUCUGUCCGCUCCCUUCUCGGUGCCUCGACCGGUGCCCUCCGCCAAAUCCUCCCCUCCCUGUCCCGCAAACCUGCCGGUCUUCUCUCCCGGUCGUUCUCGCAACUCGCAAAGCUUCCUUUCGGCAAUGGCCUUCGUGUGCUCCGCUACGGCCAGCAGACUGGUAUCGCCAGCACGACGCUGCGACAGGUUGAGCAGGUCCGGGGCAUGAAGACGCGGUCUUCGGUGAAGCGGCUGUGUGAUGGAUGCAAGCCCGUGCGGAGAAAGAACCGUGUCUACAUUAUCUGCUCGAAGAACCCCAAGCACAAGCAGCGCCAAGGCAAAUAG